GUGUCCGCAGGCAGGCCGGGUUUCAGCAGCUUGUCAGAGAGCAGGAGGCACAGCAACCUCACACAUCAGAGCAGGGCAGCCACUGUCGCAUGGUCCUAUUCCACCUCACACUCACUCACUGUCGUUCUCUUCAGUGGUUGGAUAUCCCCCGCCUUGCCUCUCCGUGUGGGACGCACAGAGCCUGUUUGGAGCCGACCCGACCAGGAAGAGGUGUUGGGUUGCUUUGGGACGUGAGGAGGGGAGCUGCGACGCUGCAGAGGUGAAAUAUCCACCCACAGCCAGCGACGCUCUGGUGCACAGAUGGAGACGGUUGGAAGAGGCUGCAUGUCCUUGGAAGUUCACUCUUAGGUCAAAGGUCAUCCCUCUGAAUCCCAGCCUUAUUUCCUGCCCCGGAUGACCGCUCUCACCAGAGCUCGGCUCUUCAGGGAAAACCUCUGACGUUGAGGAAGAGAAGAGGAGUGAAAAACCAAGAGUGGAACUUCAUGAAUUCCCUAACUUCCUGAGAGGGAACCACUGUGAUCUGGCCGGAAGGACCCCUGUGCCAAUCGGGACAAUGGGCGUGGCCCUGCUAUGUCUCCAGGCCCUCACCGUCCUACUGGUCAGCGUGGUGCGGACAGCCGCCACCGAGAACGAUGUCACGCCACGCCUCACCUUCCCUUACAAUGCGAAGGAGAGGACGACCAGACACUUCUCAGUCCCAGGGCUGCUGAACUUCACCUCUCUGCUGCUCAGCAAGGAGGACAACAUGCUGUACCUGGGAGCGCGGGAGGCCCUGUUUGCUCUGGACCUCACUGACAUCACCACUCCCAGGCUGCAGAGGAAUAUUACAUGGAACACUCCGGCAAGCAAGCGAGAUGAGUGCAGUUUCAAAGGAAAGGACUUGCAGAAGGAUUGUUUCAACUACAUCAAGAUUUUACUGCGUUAUAACAGCACUCAUCUGUACGUGUGUGGGACAUAUGCCUUCAGCCCUACCUGUGCAUACAUAAACGCUACAGACUUCUCUCUGGUGAGAGGCUCUGGCGGAGAGAUUGUCACAGAAGACGGGCGCAGCCGCUGCCCUUUCAACCCUGAAUACAAAUCCACCGCCAUCAUGGCCGAUGGAGAGCUAUAUGCCGGGACAGUCAGUAAUUUCCAAGGAAAUGAACCUAUUAUUUACAAGAGCCUCGGCCAUGGAACUGCACUUAAAACUGAAAAUUCAUUAAAUUGGCUCCAAGAGCCCUCUUUCGUGGGCUCCGCCUACAUACAAGAGAGCCUCCCCAAGGGCAACCCAGUCGGGGACGACGACAAGAUCUACUUCUUCUUCAGCGAGGCCGGGAAAGAGUUUGACUUCUUCGACAACACAAUCGUGUCACGCAUCGCCCGCGUCUGCAAGGGUGACAAAGGAGGCGAGAGGGUCCUGCAGAAGAAGUGGACCACCUUCCUCAAGGCCCAACUGUUGUGCUCCCUGCCUGACGACGGCUUCCCCUUCAACAUCAUCCAGGACAUGUUUGUGUUGACGCCGCACCCCGAAGACUGGAGGAACACGGUCUUCUAUGGAGUCUUCACGUCUCAAUGGUAUAAAGGGGCGUCUGGGAGCUCAGCGGUAUGUUCCUUCACAAUGGACCAGGUGGAGAAGGCUUUCAGCGGGCGCUACCGCGAGGUCAACCGAGACACGCAGCAGUGGUACACGUACAAUCACCCGGUCCCGGAGCCGCGCCCAGGAGCCUGCAUCACCAACGGAGCCAGGGAGCAGGACAUCCCGUCCUCGCUGCACAUGCCGGACAAGGUGCUGAACUUCGUGAAGGACCACUUCCUGAUGGACAGCGUGAUCCGCAGCCAGCCCCUCCUGCUCAAGCGCAACGUGCGCUACACGCAGAUCGCCGUGCACCAGUUCCAGGCCGUUCCUAAGGCCUACGAUGUGCUGUUCAUCGGCACAGACGAUGGGAGGCUUCACAAAGCGAUCAACAUCAACAACAAGAUGUACAUCAUUGAGGAGAUGGUGAUCUUCCCUGACGGACAACCAGUGCAGCACAUCGAACUGGACUCUGAAAAGGGCCUGCUCUAUGUGUCCACGUUGUCUGGCCUGGUGGAAGUGCCGGUGGCCAACUGCUCCAACUACCAAAGCUGUGGAGAGUGUGUCCUCUCUAGGGACCCUUACUGCGCGUGGACCGGGAGGCAGUGCAUGGACAUCAGACAGGUGCCCCCCGGCAGUGUUUGGCAGCAGGAUGUGGAUGACGCCGACACGUCAGCCAUUUGCAACAGGAGCGUGCCCAGCCCGCGGUUCGCUAGACCUCCGCCGACACAGGCGACCCCCUGCCAGGCGAUCAUCAUCCCGGCCAACACCUUCAAGGUGCUGCCCUGCAAGCUGCGCUCCAACCUGGCCCAGCGGCGCUGGGAGCACGGCGAGACGGCGGGCCACUUCCACUACCCCAGCCCGGAGGGCGGGCUGGUGGUGGUGGCGCAGGCCGACCGCCAGGACACCUACGUCUGCUGGUCGGUGGAGGAGGGCUUCAAGCAGCUGCUGGCCAACUACUGCGUGCGCGGCGAGGCCAAGCGGGAGAACACCACGCCGCAGCCGCCGCCACCGCCGGCAGCGGGCCGGCCCGUGACCUCGGCGCCGCCCCGCGGGGAGACGGUGGUCGUGCAGGGGGAGAGCCGCUCGCUGCAGAGCACCAAGACCUACUGGAACGAGCUGAUCGUGGUGUGCGCCCUGCUGGCCUUCUCCCUGCUCGUGUUCUCCCUGUUCGUGGUGUACAGGAACCGCGACCGCAUGAAGUCCAUGCUGAAGGAGGGCGAGUGUCCCGCCAUGCAGCAGAAGAAGAAGAAGAUGCUGCCGCCGCCGCAGAGGGUCGCGGGGAAGCCCGCCGAGAGCCUGCCGCUCAACGGCAGCUCGCCGGCGGCCGUGGCCGCGCCGGACCACAAGGGCUACCACACGCUCAACGACAACUACAUCUGCAGCACGCCGCAGCACGAGUGCUCCUCCCCGGAGAACAGCAAGAGCUUCUCGGAGUCGGAGAGCAGGCCCCUGAACGUGAAGGAGAGCCACGUGGCGGUGUCGCCCAUCAGCCCUCGGCCGCGCGUCAGGCUGGGCUCCGAGAUCAAAGACUCCAUUGUGUGAGGUUCGAUGCGGAUUUAACGCGGGGCGCACCCUUGCGUGUGCAGUGACCGACCCGGUGAGCCCCAAACAGAAAGGAGACUUUUUGCGAGCACUUGUGGGGAAAAAACGACAAGCACACCCUAGAGAACAGAACAGGACACUGAAUAGCUUCAAACUCCACACGGCCGUCAUUUUUAUAACACAGCCUUUUGCACUUUUUGUCUCCUGAGUUUGUUUCUGUGAUCCAUACACAUUUCCUUUUGUUACUUUUACACAAAUGCUUAUUUUUUUCAAAUGCACUCACAUGCGGGUUUGCCUCCAGACUUGUGAAGCAUUUCCACAACCCUCAAACAGCGUUGUGAAUACAGAGAGGAGGCUGUCCUACGCGAUCCUUCUUGGAUUUCUAACAGUUCUUAGCAUUACAUGUCCGUCCAAAUCAACCUCUUGUAAUGCUUUGAAAGGACAGAUGAGUGUUGGAGCUUUGAAAAGACCUUCAAAAGACCCAGAGCCCAUUUAGAUCCUGUAUUUCACAGGAGCUGUUCACCAUGAACCCUUCGGGAGUUCAAUGCACACAAUCCACAAAAAACACUUUUGCCUGGAGUUUUAUGAAGAGAAAAAACACAUUUCUUUACAUACCUGUGCAGCCAUGGUAUGGUAUGUCAUCGCUUUCUCUUUGAUAUAAAUCAAGGGACCAUUUGUUCUGAUAAGAAAGAAAGCACAAAUGAGCACAUGCUAAGAAAGAAUGGGGCAUUUUUCUCCAUGAGUUGCUUAACAAUUUGAGGAUAUUUCCAACAAAGAAAAACAUAUUGGAAAAUUUGGACUUCAAUACAUUUGGCUUCAUAGUGUUGUUUGUAUAGGUAUGUAAAAUGCCGGUGAUUUUGGUCAAGCUUUUCCUUCAAUAAUGUGAGAAAGGGAAUAACCCCAUUCCAGGUAUUAUGCUGUUGUUCACCAAACAGGCAGACUAUGCAAAGUAAACAAUGUGAAGUGGGGUGAACCUCACCUUGAGACUGCAAGCACAUGGGAGUUGUAUAGAGGAAUGUUGAUGCCCCCCCCCCCCAACCCUCACACACAUACACACACACACACACACACACACACACACACACACACACACACACACACACACACACACACACACACACACACACACACACACACACACACACACACACACACACACACACACACAGAGCGCUGGUCAUUAUAAUGUUUUAAAUGUUUGAGGAAGAUUAUAUGAUGAUAGUAAAGAUGUGGGUUCAUGGAUAAUUGUUUUGCUGGAACACUUCAGUCACUAAGAAUUUCUAGAAUGACAGGUACAAUGACAAUGAAAUUCCAGGCAUCAUUAAAACAACAGCAAAUAAAUCUACUGCCUUAAAGAAAAUAAUAGUUCAUAGAUACAAUUUUUGUUCCUACUUUUAGUGGUAAAAACAGCUAUUCUCUGUCACAAUGUUUGAAUUCAGCCUAACACAUCCUUUGUUAUCAUUAUGAUUGGUAAUCAUGUUCAACGUGUUAUUCAUUACUCCAAAGACCAGUCACAUAGUGUUGAGUAUUAUUAAAGAUUACAUUAGUUAUUGUUUUAUUUUAUUUUACAAAAACAACAGCAUAUUCAAUUAUACAAAAAAGUUAUUUUGAACAAUUUAAUGCAUUGAUUUUGCACAUACUUUCAAACAAGCCUUAGUUUGGCUGGGUUUUCAAUUUGGCACCAAACCUGCCUAUGGGAAAUUGUGUGAUGCCUUUAAGUAAAAUGUAAUAAUCAUAAUAUGUGCCUCCUGAAAUACAAAAACCAUUAAAUCAGCACCAUGGGCAUAGAUACUAGAUACUCUAACGGCUGCAGAAUCACGUUCUGACAUGAUUGGCCAAAGCACGGCAGAAAAUUGAUAUUUUGAACAAUGUUGAAAAGGAUUUGCGUUGUGUUUUUUACAGUUGGUUCGUCAGGGCAGGGGUUGAAUUCUUUGAAGUGUAGCACAGGAAAAUAACCACUGGCUUUAUUUUGAAGUAUAACACAAUAAAUGAAAUUGAGUUUGCGUAAAAGCAAAAACAAAUUGUACAGCUUUCAAUGAUGGGACAUGUUAUGACUGAAACACAACAUCAACAACAAAAACACAUGUACUUUUGAAAGACUGUUACAAAUAAUAAUUACGAUGAUAAUACAUUAGUAUUAAUGAAUAAUAUGAUUAAUAAUAAUACAUGGCAGCUUUACUGUAGUGGUUGUCAUUGGAACAAUAAUAAUUUUGCCAAGAACAGAACAAUAAAUGUUAGUUAUUUAGUCAAAGAUGUACAGUAGUGCUUUUAAAAAAAUAAAACGAAUCUGCCUUCAUAGUUUCUAACAUAGGCACUCUGAAAGCCAGCGUUUUUGCAGUAUCAUUGCCUACUUUCUCGUAUAUGACCACUAGCCAAGCUUUCUGUUUGUGCCUGUGCAAAUUGCUCAGAUUGGUCAAAAUGUAUUAUAAGAAAUGUUUUUGAUGUAAAAAGAAAAAAAAGAAAAAAGUAUUGUAAAUUCAGCUGCCAAUGUAAAAAAAUAUUGUGAAUUGUAUUUUUGUAAUAUACAUCACUGCUGUUUGUUUUUAUUUUUUAUUGUACUGUAUAUAAAAGCACUUUAUUUUAAUUUUUCAA